GUAUCACAUACCAAUUCAGAAUGAGAGUCAGUUAAAAGUUAUCAUUCCUCAAAAAUUUCUAUUUAAAAAUACGAACUUCUAGAUGUAACCAAAAUGUCUAAUAAUAAUUUUGGUUGAUUAGUGACCCUAAAUAUUUUGAAAAUAAGCUUUUUUGUAUGUUUUCAUUUGGAUAAGUAUGUUUGUACUUAGUAUUAUUAUCGAUCAGUUGGACUAAUAAAUAAUUUUUGUUAUUAAAAGUAGAUGAGACGGUUUCUAAGAAAAAAAAUUGAUUUAUCUUUCUUUAAGAAUCUAUAUAUCCUGACCUUUUAUUCACUCUAAUUUGAUAAGAUUGCCACAUCUUCCAAACAAACAUUACAUACCGUGUCAGUAGUAUUAACAGAUUCGAAAAAUAUGCCCAAUAAAGUCCGAAGAAAUGUUGUUUCAGAUAUUUUUUGUAUUUUCGUUCUAUUCCAAAUAACUGACGCCAUAAUUAUACCACUAGAAGAAUUACCACGUCCCGCUUAUACUUCUGGACUAAAAACAGUAAUCAAGAAAAAUGACGCUCCCUAUACGCUACAAAAUUAUAGCAAAGUAGUUGUUCAUAAUAGACCUGGAACUCCAGGUGCUCAAUAUGUAGUUACCCACACAGAUCAAAUUAAAAAUGUGUAUCCGGUGUUUAACGCUCAGACUUAUGGACAACGCCCUCGUUACCAUAAUAUCUUACAAACACAAAAUAAUACACAAAUCGAUUCUGGAGAAUUGUCAAGAACAAAUAGAACUAUUAUAAAAAGGAAAAUAGGAGCUAAAACUUUGGAUAUUUAUACAAAAUGUCCGUCAGGUGCUACAGGACAAUUUAUCUAUUCGGCUUCUUGUAAUCAGUUUUUAAAUUGCUGGAAAGGUAGAGGAACUGUCCAAAAUUGUUCACCAGGUACAUUAUUCAAUCCAAAAUCAUUAGAAUGCGAUUUUCCCGAUAAGGUUGAAUGCGUGACAGGUCCACAAGCCAAUACUAUAGGGAAUAUUAGAGUUGAAAAAUCAGUUCAACAAGCAACUUGUCCUGAGGGAUUUUCAGGAAUAAUACCCGACUAUUUUGAUUGCUCUAAAUUUAUUAAUUGUAAUAACGGACAGGAAAACAGAAUGGAUUGUGCUCCUGGUACUCUAUUCGAUAUGAAUAAGAAUAUGUGCGAUUAUCCUGAUCAAGCCGCUUGUUUUAAUGGAGAAAAUUCCCUUGAUGUUAGAACUAAACAAUUUUACAGUAAUAUCAAUGGACAAUAUGAUCAGAAGACUAAAAAUAAUCACAAUAUAAACGAUGUGAGCUAUAAUCACUUGGGACAUGGACAAACUUCAGCUGUUAAUCAGAUUUACCAGGAUUCAAGCUCAAGUCGUCAAGACUCUGGUAUAAAAAAUGGACGAGCACAAGGAUGUGAACCAGCAACCCAAAAUUGUGGACAAUUCAGUCAAUACAACCCUACUUAUCAUCAAGGACAUAAGUACGCUUAUGGGGGCUCGAGAAGUGAUGUAAGAAGGAACCAAACACAUUAUACAACACAAGGAUGUGAUCCAGCAACCCAAAAUUGUGGACAAUUCAGUCAAUACAACCCUACUUAUGAUCAAGGAGGUCAGUACGCAAAUUCAGCUUAUGGCGGCUCGAGAAGUGAUGUAAGAAGGAACCAAACACAUUAUACAACACAAGGAUGUGAUCCAGCAACCCAAAAUUGUGGACAAUUCAGUCAAUACAACCCUACUUAUGAUCAAGGAGGUCAGUACGCAAAUUCAGCUUAUGGCGGCUCGAGAAGUGAUGUAAGAAGGAACCAAACACAUUAUACAACACAAGGAUGUGAUCCAGCAACCCAAAAUUGUGGACAAUUUAGUCUAUAUAAACCGACUUAUGACCAAGAACAAAAUCAGUACAUAAAUUCAGUUUAUGGGGGCUCGAGAAGUGAUGUGAGAAGGAAUCAAACACAUUAUACAACACAAGGAUGUGAUCCAGCAACUCAGAAUUGUGGACAAUUCACUCUAUACAAACCUACUCAUAAUCAAGAUCAAAAUCAGUACUUAGAUUCAGCUCACGGAAGCUCAGGAAGUAAUAGAGAGACUGGUGGUCAAUCCUAUAUGGUAGCUCAAAGAUGCAACCCAGCAAUUGAGGAUUGUAGUCGAUUUCAAAAUCCAGCUCACGAAGUACAUACACAGAGAUGUGAUCCAAAAACACAAAAUUGUGGACACUAUCAAUUUCAGUAUCAGGGAGAAACAGGUACUGAUUUAAGUAGAGGUCAAACACAGAUAGUUAGUCAUAGAUGUUCUCCAGGUGAUAAAAAUUGUGGUCAAAGACAAAAUCAAUAUUUCGGACACUCACAACGAUGUAAUCCUUCAAUGCAAAACUGCGCGUAUCAACCAAGUACCGGACAAAAUAUACAUCAUUCCGAUUCUACUCAGUCGGGACAAAAUGGUGGCCAAUUCAAUUGCGAUCUAUCAAAACCAAAUUGCGGACAAGAUCAACAACCAAAUUAUGUUAAAGUAUGUAAUGUGAACGAUCCAAAUUGUCGACAAACGAAAAAACCAAUAACAAAUACGGAGCCUGUUUGUCCUAACGGUUCUGUCGGUUUACACAACCAUCCUACAGACUGUAAGAAGUAUUUGAGUUGUGCUAGUGGUCAAACAUAUGUGAUGGACUGUGCCCCCGGUACGCUUUUCAACGAAAAAACAGGAAUGUGUGACUUCCCAUCAAACGUGAAAUGUGAGGUUACAACUGAUGAAGAUGCUACAGACCCCAGUGAAACUGUUGAUAAUGAUCAUUGGCAAACUCAGUAUAAAAAUAAUGCUCGUGAAUUUGGUCAAAAUUCUGGUCAUGGUAACUUUAGGUAUACAACAGAGGUUUAUAAUCAAGAAUCCAGUGAUAACAAGGAUCAACAAAUUAUUACAGAUAGUAAUAGAGGUAACUCUGGGUUUCUUCAAAGACCAACUCUCAAACAAACAUCUUUAGAUUACGAUGAUGUUUAUAGCCCGGAUAAUCACAUAACAGCAACAACGCCGAGAAGUGCUUGGCCCCCACCUUUUAAAACGAAAGAUUCCAAUGAUUUAGAAUAUGUUGAUUAUGUUUUCACUUACGAUAACGGAGAGCCAGUCGAUUUAGAACCCGAAAAUGUGAUCAAAGUUAAGCAGAGGCUGUCGAAAACGUGUGAUGAUGAAGAUGAUGAUUUCCAUUGUACGUCUCAGAUGUGUAUAUCUUUGACAAUGCUCUGUGAUGGUGUGAAGGAUUGCUCUGAUGGUAAAGACGAACUUAACUGCCAGGAAUAUACAGAGAGAUUCAUAAUAACGAAAAAUUCAAAAUUAGUCGUACCUGAAAAGCAACGUUAUAUCAACAUAACCCACUCGACGUGCGCGGUACUAUGCAUUCAAAAUCAAAAAUUCGUUUGUAGAUCAUUCACGUACCGAAGACCAGACAGGACCUGCUUCUUAUCGGAUCAAAAUAUAGGCAUGUCAGGAGCUUUGCAGGCCCACCAUUCAAGUGAUUAUUAUGAAUUAAGCGCCGGUUCUAUAGAUUGUUCGGAUACUACCAAAUAUUUCGAAUGUAAUAACAAAAAAUGUUUGGUAAAAGAUCAUUUAUGCGACGGAUAUACUGAUUGUGAAGAUAGAGAAGAUGAAAAAUAUUGCGGGGCUGAUAAGUUUGGUUACACAAUUAGAUUAGCGGGAUCCGGUGAGAAAAACGAGGGGCGUGUUGAAGUCACUGCUUUCAAUACCACCGGUUAUAUCUGCGACGACGAUUUUAGCAUAAUCGACGCUAACGUAAUCUGCAGGGAACUAGGAUUCACUUUGGGAGCAGCCGAAAUCAAAAGUCAAUCAUAUUUCGCCAAGGAUUUAAAAGAAAGUAAUACUCUGUAUAUGAUCGACGAUCUCAAUUGUCUCGGAAACGAAACUUCGUUGAUCGAUUGUAGUUUCCCCGGAUGGGGGAUCCACAAUUGUAGAGAUCAAGAAAUCGCCGGGGUGGUAUGUAAAACGCCUCAAGAAAAAUGCGGAAAUGACGCCUGGAAGUGUGAUUCCGGUAACGAGUGCAUCCCGUUCGAUUUCGUUUGCGAUGGUGUGGAAGAUUGCGCUGAUGAUUCAGAUGAAGAUAUCAAACAUUGCGAAGCUCCAACAGAGCUGCGUUUGGUUGGAGGAAGUUAUCCAGGGGAAGGAAGGUUGGAGAUAAAGCAUAAUGGAAUUUGGGGGACUGUUUGCGAUGAUGAUUUUAACGAAGAUGCUGCUAAAGUUGUUUGUAAAAUUUUAGGUUAUAAAGGAAUGAGUUCCGUUAAAAAAGAUGGCUAUUAUGGUGCAGGAUACGGGCCGAUUUGGUUGGAUCAAGUGUCUUGUUAUGGUAAUGAAACCGAGUUGAACAAAUGUACUCAUUGGAAUUGGGGCGAACACAACUGCGAACAUAACGAAGAUGUCGGAAUUAUUUGUUCCCAAGAUGCCGGUGAAGUUAAGAUCGAACGACAUUCGAAUCUACCGGCGCAUAUAGAAGAAGGACUUCCGAGGAAUUGCGGUUUCAGAAAAGAUAAUCAAUUCGCUAUAAAUGAUUUGAUACACGCUAGGGUCAUCGGAGGAGGAGUCGCCAAGAAAGGAGAUUAUCCAUGGCAGGCCGCGUUGAAAGUUCGAGUUAAAGACAAAUCCGCUCAUUGGUGUGGAGCUAUUAUAAUAUCCAGCAGAUGGGUACUUACCGCGGCUCAUUGCCUGCAAGGUUACACGAAAGGUGCUUACAUAAUCGUUGCUGGAGAUUAUAAUACCAACGAAGACGAAGGUACCGAACAGAAAAAAUAUAUCGACGAAUUUUUUAUACACGAAAAAUUCAGGAAGGGUCAUAAGAUGAAUAACGACAUAGCGUUGAUCAAAGUGAAAGGUAUUGGAUUCGAAUUGAACGAUAAUGUGCAACCGAUUUGCUUAGCCGAUGAUGAUACUGAUUAUAACAGGCCUUUGAAUUGUACUAUAUCAGGAUUUGGUUCAACAAAAAGCGGUAGUUCAAGUUAUUCUCAUAACCUUUUGGCUGCUUGGAUUCCCGUUCAUUCUCAAGAUAUUUGUACCAUGCCUCACGUAUAUGGUGAUAUAUUGACAGAUGGUAUGGUAUGUGCUGGUUCUAUGGAUGGUAGUUUAGAUGCUUGUGAUGGAGAUAGUGGAGGACCUUUAGCUUGUUUAGAUCAAGGUGUAUUUACGCUUUAUGGUAUAACUUCGUGGGGACAACAUUGCGGUUACGCUAAUAAACCUGGUGUUUAUGUUAAAGUUGGGAAAUAUAGAAAAUGGAUUGAAGAUAUUGUCGCUAAACAUUCUAAUUGAAACACUUUGGUCUACUAGGUGUUUGGAAGGAUUGAAUCUAUACACUAAAAUAGUCAUUAAUCAUUAAACUAUCCACUAAAACUUAUUAUGCAAGUUAUUACUAAACACUUGAAUAAAUAAUUUAUUUAAA